UUUCAGAAUGUCGGGACGAGAUCUCGAACUAACUCUCGAUAGAGUAUCCAGCAUAGAAUACCCGGCACUGGUGAAAGAGGCCUUUCUGAAUAAUUGGCACGCUUCAGCUCAUCGAUCCGAGGUGACUUCAAAUUGUGCAUCACUCAAUGACAGGUACUGCUGGGUUCUGUCUCGAAAUCAAAUUUUCAUUUGGGAGCGGGCGAAGUCGAGCCAUCGUGCUAUAAUCCCCACUCAGCUUCCGUUGCCGACCAGUGGCCUUCCUCGCUCAGUAAAGUGCGUUGUUGUAUAUGAUGGAGUCCACCGUGGUGCAAACAAAACCCCGUGUCCAGGAAUUCUCGUUGUCUCACCUGAAGGAGUUCUUCGACAUUGGACUUCAAUUGAAUCUCAAACAUACAUUGAAGAAGUUUUGGAUAUCAAUAACGAGGUUGCUCUGCGGGUGGAAUUGACUGAUGAGCCGAUCGAUGGAAAAUCAGCUUCUUUCCUACUGACAACUACAUCAGGAACUGUCUAUUUUUUGAAUGGAAAAGGGCAAGAUUCGGCAAAAACGGGUGCAUUGGAAUGCAAUAAAGUAGCUGGUCGAGAAGCACAUGGAUUCAGAAGACGUCUUUCUUCAAUAAUGUUCGGAGGAGAAUCCAAGGAAUCUACGUCACUAAUUACGAACAGUUUCCAACAUCAAUCCAAAGAUUUACUGGUUGUAACAGUGUCUCCAGAUGUUCUGACAGUUUAUAAUAUGUACACACCAUGUGAACUUUGGUCACUGAAAACCAAGGAAUUUUUCCAACCAAAGAUUGCAUCGUUUUUCGAAGCGGACUUGAAGAGAACUCCACUGAAAGUCCGAGCGAGGUUGAUUGAUGCAGCAGUCUUCCGAGAUGGUCUGAUGAUUCUAAUCGGUGGAACUCAUGAAGAGUCUCAAUCUGUUCACAUGUUCAUGGUCUGGAUGAGUGCUAACUGGCAAACAGAGCAACCCACCGGAGUAGUUUGGUCAGCAAGAGUUCCAAUGAAUGAGCAUCGCGCCCUUUUUUCGAAGAUUGACGAUUCGAUCUACUCUAAUCUGACGUUGUGUAUUCCCAAGAAUACUGCAGAGUCGAAAAAGGCUGAUAGAACAGAUGGAAUCAUUAUCAUCAAUCCCUACUUUGCGGUAUCUCUAUACCUUCCAUUCGAUUUGGCCAAACCGAAAAAACCGGAAAGUCUAUACCGUCAUGUUUCCAUUCCACCCCGAGAUCAACUUCUAGGAUAUGCAAUUUGCUCACAAUAUGUCUAUAUUAUGAUGCUAGAAUCCGGUGUCUCUACAAUUCGUCUUCUACCACGUGGAUUUGCAGACAGCUCGAUCUAUACACAUGAGCAAGUCGUCGUACCAUCUCUGUCAGUAGGCACUGAUGAUUGGCCAAUUUUAAGCGAACUCUUGUCUGAAAUGGUUGCAUCUGGACUUCCGAAGACUCCACUUUAUCAAUCAUUGCAUCGGGCUUUCGAGCUUUUCGCAGAAAAACAUAUGGCAGAGUCGGAAGAGGAAUUAAAGGCGAUUAUCAAAAUGCCAGAUCAGGAAAUUGCUCGUAUUGUUUCUCAAUUUCUCUACGCAAUAAUUGAUUAUUCGGAUGCUGCCAACAAAACUGACACUGAACUCCACGCGAAGCGAGUGUUGACAUCCAGAAUCAUGCUUUUCCUGAAGCAUAUGGGAGUGUAUGAAAGAAUCAUAAGCUCACCCCUGGGAAUCAGCAGAGGAGGAAUCUUAUCGCUACGUGUCGGAGGAACAAUGCUGGGAGAAGUCUCCGAACGUGUCGCUGCAUCAACGGCCAUAUGGACGUGGAAAACUUCAAACGAAACAAAUUCUGCAGUUUUCGACGCAAUCAUCGAGAAAGUUUUGAGAAUUCCAGAAGUCCAGGAUUUAGGUCUGAAAGAUAAAGAUGCUCUAUUCGGUCGAUGUGGACUAGUUCAUCAUAUUCCUGUUGUUGCUGCUCAACAAUUGGAAAAAAAUGUGAUCGGAAAGACGAAAUCACACAGAUUCGAAGUGUUUCACGCUGUAUGUGAACUUCUUUCUGGUAUCAAAGAAACUAUUAUCAGUUGGAGAAAUUGCAGAACGAAAGUUGCUAUUCCUAAGUUCCCUAUUUGGUGGACUCUCGAAACUUUUGCAUCUUGUUAUCGUGAUGUUGCUGAAAAGAUCAUUGAGGAAUUGAAAAAUGGAUCAUCUACUGAUAGUGAGAGAGCAAGACUUUUGAUGUAUAUUUUGAGCAUCUACGAUUUCUACCUGUCUGAAAGUGACUCUCAACCAGACAACGACAAAGUUUUGCAAGAAAUGAUCGCUCUUGGAAAGCCAGCAGACGCUAUGGAACUGGCAGAGAAACACAAGGACUUUGGAACGUUAGUCAAAAAUUAUCUAACGACUGAUGUUGGCACUCGGCAGAAGACUUUUGAAAGAUACAAGAAGAUGUUCGAAAAAGACGAUUUCGAGAUGUAUCUAUGUGAUUAUCUGAAAGAGCAUGGACGAAAUGAUGUACUUUUGCAACAAGGUGGAAGUCGAGUGGAUGCUUAUUUGGAUAACUUCAAAGAAUUAAGAUAUUCAAGAGAAAUUGCAAAUAAACAGUUCGGAAAGGCGGCCCUCACUUUGAUGAGUCUUGCUGAUGCAGAAACUAAGAGCUUCUCAAAAUUUGUCGAGUUUCUAACAAGAGCAUAUUAUUGUGCAUGUUCCAGUAUCGAUGGAACAGAUGUUUCAGAGGUUCUCGACUUCUACAAACGACGAUAUCCGGAGAUGAAGCAUCGUAAACGUAUUCCGACCGAAAUAUUGAAAAUAUGCUUCGGCAACGAUUUGGAUGCGAUGAUGUCUGUGGAAGAUAUGCUCGAAUGGAAUAUGGCUGUCCAGCCGAAUGAUGAAGCUUCGGUUGAAGGGUUCGCAAGAGCAUUCCAUUUGUUAGCUGAUCUUCUUGCUGUGCAUCCGGAUUCGGAUGAAUUGAAAAAGAAAAUUGAUAAGACGUGGAAAGCAUUAGUGGAUUAUGACGAGUGGAACCGGGUUAGAAGCAAAGAAGAUGUGGAGAAAAAGACAAUUUUCGGAAAAUUCUGCAACUAUUUGAUCAAUUCGUAUCCUGCUGACAAAGGUGAUUCUUUCCCAAUUUGGAUGCCAAUAUCUCGUCGUCUGAUCUUCCCAACCGAUAUCGACACAGUUCUCGAUGAAUGUAUCGCGAAUACGACUGGAAAUCAUCUUUCAUGGAUCAAAGGUCAUCUGAAAUGGAUUGGAGAGCAACUUUGUAAACAGGCUCUUCUACCAAAAUCGGCAUUCUUCCGUCCGGAUAUGAAACAAGUUGGAUCGAUUUCUCAAGCAGCUCUCGAAGCAUUCGGUCCGAUUUUACAACGAAGAGAACAACGAUUUAUUGAUCAGUUGAAUCGUGAUUCGAUGAUGGAGACUUGAUUAUUUUAUAUUCUUCAUUUUUUGUUUUGUUUUUUAUUUUACCAUUUUUCCCGAUUUGUAUAUGAUCUCCACGGUUGUUAUUAUUAUUAUUUUUCAAGUUUUUUUACCUAACUUAUUGAUUUUUAUACAUAUCUUUAACGUGAUGUUUCCCGUAUAAAAUCAGAGCUCUUUUUUAUCUUAAAGUUUUACUAAAACCGAACAUCGUAACUUAUUCGAUGAAAAUUUUACUUAU